UGUUUUUCGGCGAGUUGCAUCAUACAACAGCGUAAAAGCCGCAGUUUUGAAUUAGUUUGUUCUGUAAAACAAAACCUAAGUACAAUUAACUAACUUUGAAAGAUGGAAGACUUUGACGCCAGCAAAAGCACCGUCGAUCCCGAGCUGCAGGACUUUCUGAUGGCCGAGAAACAGAAGGCCCAACUGAGCGCUCAGAUUCACGAAUUCAACGACAUUUGCUGGGAUAAAUGCAUGGACAAACCGAGCAACAAGCUGGACAGCCGCACCGAGAUCUGCUUGAAUAACUGUGUUAAUCGGUUUAUCGACACGUCGCUGUUCAUUACGACGCGGUUUGCUCAGACACUGCAGAAGAGCCAGUCGGGGAUGUGAGCCGACAUGGCGGUGGUGAGCGCGACCGGAGGCUAAUGUGAUCGGUCGAGAGAAUGUAUUUAAAUUUUAAGAAUUUAGAGGAAAAUGAAGCCAUUUCUCGAAGUGUUGGGAAAUAAAUAAUUGUUAGACUGGAACAAA